AUGUUUGGUGGUGGCCCCACCCACUUCACAGCACGAGAGGCGUGGUUAUCUCCAAGGGGCGUGGUUAAGCAAAUUUAUUCCCCCGGGAGGCGGGGAAAAGAGAAGGUGGAGAGGUGGCGAUUGGGCUUCUCCUCGGGGGGCGUGGCCUCGAGCUUCUGCUUUCCCGCCAACCGUUGGUCCCGUCACGUGACAUGGGUCGGAAGAUGGCGUCGCCCACGGACGAAAUUUCUCCCCUCUGAUUAUGACAUGAUUGCACUGAUUGAUGAUGACAAGGAUUGCACUGAUGCUUGGCUGUGGUGCUCACUGGAGGUGGCACUUUUGAGUUGGACAGAUUUGGAAGCAUCUUUGCUAAGUUUUGAAAAGCUUGACCGUGCCUCACCAGACCUUUGGCCAGAACAAUUACCAGGAGUUGCUGAAUUUGCAGCGUCUUUUAAAAGUCCCAUUACUAGCUCUCCACCCAAAUGGAUGGCUGAAAUAGAGCGUGAUGACAUUGACAUGUUGAAAGAACUGGGGAGUCUCACCACAGCUAAUUUGAUGGAGAAAGUACGAGGCCUACAGAACCUUGCCUAUCAACUGGGGCUAGAUGAGUCCAGAGAGAUGACCCGGGGGAAGUUCCUCAACAUUCUAGAGAAGCCCAAGAAGUAGCAGCUGUAGUGGAGGCUGCUGGGGACCCUGACCUGCGCCCCUCUCAGUGCUGCUCUGCCUCUGCGCCCUGUGGAGCCAGAAGAUGGUGCCUCCUGGACCGACUCUCUCCCUUGCUCCUGGACCUCUGUGGCAGGAGAACCUGCUCUACCCAUGGAUCAGUGCAGUUCUUCAAUCAGCCUCUAGACUUUGACCUUCUCGGCCUCUGAUGUUGGUAACAGAGUCGGGGGGAGACGCCUCAUUCUUAAAUGGUCAAAGUCCUGCGUUCUUGUUUCUAGAAAUGGUUCAGGAGCCCCUGGAUCUUCCUGUUGAUUUGACUCAGCGGUGUCAAAGUCAUGGUGACAUAUUGAUUGGGUGGGUUCUUUAGAGUGGUACUGCUUGGUCUCUUAGGAAGUAGAUAGGAUGCGGAGAAACCAAACACCCGUUUGAUUCUGGACCUAAUCUGAACAAUGAAUUCUCCAUUUUAUUCUAGGUUCCAAGAAUCCCCAGCUAGAGAAACCAGAAUCUUUUUAAAAUUCUACCCCUUUCCAUCCCCAGUUGCUUUCAUUCCCUACCUCCCAGCCCCUAUUGUGGAUUCUGAUGUAGGAAGAGAUGGAAUCCGGUGUAUUGAGUCCAUCCUGGCAUUAGCUUGUGCAGUGAAAGUCAGAAGUUGCACUGGUACUAGACCUUGAGGCCAAUUUCAAGGCGAUGGAAAGAACUUCUGGUUUCCAGUUAAACUGUUACAGAUUCAAUCUGAAAAGUCAUCAUAGUCAGAAAGCUAGGGGAAGGGGGCUGCUUGCAAGAUCUCUCACUUGAUUCGAAGAUUGUACUUUGUAUUUUUGUCUCAUCGUAACUAGAAACUCUAAUGAACCUUUAUGAAUGUGCUGUGGAGGAUGACAAUGUUUUAUUUCCUCUAUCCACUCUCAUAGUACAGAGCUAAGAGUUCAUUAUGUGCCAUGAGAGAAAAACAAUUUCCUGACGUAAAUCUAAGUCUUAUGAGGAACUUUUUGACUGGUAUCUGUCUCUAUGUUAAAACAAAAGAAAAAUUCCAGACAAUGGGCAAAAUGUAUUAUACAUCUCAUAUUUGUCUUAUAAACCACCCUCCUUCUCAUACUUUGAGAGGUUCAUGGGUGUCCCUAGCUCUCCUGAAGAGAUUGCCAUUAGGUAGUAGGACUGAUGGUGUUUCUGCGAGAAAAUUUGCGUUCAAAAUGUAUGUUUUUUUUGACUGCUGCUCAUCUUCUGACAUAUAUACCAUUGACCUGUGCAAUUUUACUUACUAAAAGGGAGGCAAGGAGAGAAAUUGAACACAAGACACCAAAGAUGGAUAUGAGAAAACAUUCUGCUUGAAUGCGUUAGAGAAAGGUUGGAAAGGCUUUCAAAGCUUUUAAAUUAAUCUUACUAAUGACAUUCUUUUUAUCUCUAAAUGCAGUUGAAGAAAGGAGGGUGGGAGAGAAGUGAGAGCGUGAGAGGGAGAAUAGUGCCAUAAUGUUGCAUUAUUCCUUGGCUCUGUUUUUAAGAGUUGUAACACCAAGCACCUAAGUGCUUGGGACAUCGGGAAAUAUAUGGAUACUGGGCUAUUUACCAUACCAACUUGACAUCUAUAACCUGAAAUUCCAUAGUUGGUUUUCUGGUCUGCUUUAGCCUCUUCCUUUUACUGUCACCAGCACUUGAUGUAAGUAGAUGUUUUAGAAUUACAGUAUUUAUUGGAUUUGUAUUUGUUGUCUUUAGAAAUGUCAAUGAUGUAUUUUUAUAUUGAUAAUGUAAGUCUGUGUAAAAUGUGUGUAUAUGUGUUUGGGGGAGUUAGAAGAUUGUACUUUGUAUGUUUGUGUCAUAAUAAAUUUAUCCCUUUUA